AUGGAUUUGCUAGACAGUUACUUCGACAGUCUCAGUGAGAGCAGCAGUUCUGAGGAUCAUGAUGACAUUGAGUCUCUGUAUGGAGGACAGGCCUGUUCUAUUUUAUCUAGUCUAGAGGAAACUAUUGGAAAGAUUGAUGAUUUCCUCUUGUUUGAGAGGGCAUUCACGCAUGGGGACAUAGUUUGCUUAGCAUCAGACCCAUUGGGCCAAAUGGGAAAGGUGAUCAAUGUCGAAUUAACAGUUGACUUGGAAAAUAUCUAUGGAAGAAAAAUACACAGUGUAAAUUCCAAAAAUCUUCAGAAGAUACGUUCCAUUUCAGUUGGAGAUUAUGUAGUUAGUGGGGCAUGGCUUGGAAAAGUGGAAAAGAUAGUUGAUCGUAUCACUGUCCUUUUUGAUGAUGGUACAAAGUGUGAGUUAACCACAAUUGGUCCGGAAAAGAUUAUUGCCAUUUCUCCUGAUAUACUUGAAGACUCGCAAUACCCUUUCUACCCAGGACAGAAAGUUCAAGUUGAUCCCUCUUCUGUUUCCAAAUCAGUCGGUUGGUUAUGUGGUACAAGAAAGAAUAAAAACAACCAAGGCACUGUCUGCAAUGUGGACGCUGGACUUGUAUAUGUUGACUGGCUCGGCUGUGCUUCUGUCGAUGUGGAGCAGAUUUUUCCAUGUGCAUUUUCCUCCGGGCUGGUCAAAGGGCAUGUGCAAUCAAAAAAGAUACUUCCAAGAAACAACCUCAGUCCUAAUUUUCAGGAGAUUUCUGUUAUUGUUCGGACAAGGACUAAGGUUGAUGUCCAGUGGCAGGAUGGCAGCCAAUCCGUGGGAUUAGAUUCACAUUCUCUGUUACCUGUAAAUAUUGUUGAUGUUCAGGAUUUUUGGCCUCAUGCAUUUGUUAUGGAAAAGGGAACAUAUGAGGAUUCUAAUGGUUCCUGUGACCAAAGAUGGGGUGUUGUGAGAAGUGUGGACUCAAAAGAACGAACAGUGAAGGUAAAGUGGUGUAAUUCCACUGCUUUCGGGGAAAAAGAAGUAGAGGAGAUUGUGAGUGCUUAUGAAUUGGUUGAGCACCAGGACUACUCAUACUGUCUGGGUGAUGCAGUAUUUAGAAUGCAAAAGAGUGGAGUUUUGGAUCUAGCAGAUGAAAACUGUAUCACUAACCACACAAUCUCUAAAACUGGUGUUUCAGAAGAAUCUGACCUUAAGGCUAAUAAUAAUGGUGAAGAUCUGAAUAGAUAUUCAAAGAGCAAGUUUUUAUCUCAUAUUGGUUUAGUAGUUGGCUUCGAAGAUGGGGUUAUUGAAGUGAAAUGGGCUACUGGUGCCACUAGCAAGGUCGCACCAUAUGAGAUAUACCGGAUUGAUAAAGGUGAUGGAACAGCCACUUCUAUGCUUGAUGAUGAAAAUAUUCAGCAAUCAGAUGGGGACACUGCAGAACACGAGAACCAACUUUUGGGCCAGAAAGAAAAGGAUGUGUUGGAUUUGAACUACAAUAAUUUAAAGGAUUCUAGUUCAUAUUCCCUUUAUCAAGUUGCUAUUGGGGUUUUCACUAGUAUCACUUCGAGCCUGGUGGGGUCUUUGGGUUCCGCUGUUGUUUGUGCAUACAAACGUACAUCACAGGAUGUGCCAAAACUCGGAUUACCCAAUGAGGAGGAAGCCCUAGAACUUUGCACUAUGCACACUGUUGAUGAACCAUUGGUAGCGGAUGAUUUAGAGGUUUAUGGAAGGAUGACUUCAGAGCCGAGGUCCAAAGAAGCUAACAAGGACACCAUCUUGCCAUCUGGAAGCAAGCUUCCCGAACAUUUUAGGCUGUUUGAUAUGGUUUGCGGUGGUUUGGACCACCACUUUGUUGAUGGAUCUGGCACGGGAGUCCUGCAAUCUCCUCAGAUGAAAAGAAGCUGGCUUAAGAAGGUUCACCAAGAAUGGAGCAUUUUGGAGAAAGAUCUUCCUGAAACAAUCUAUGUCCGUGUCUACGAGGAAAGAAUGGAUCUGCUUCGAGCAGCAAUUGUAGGUGCACCUGGAACUCCAUAUCAUGAUGGACUUUUUUUCUUUGACAUUUGUCUACCCCCACAAUAUCCUGAUGAGCCACCUAUGGUGCACUAUAACUCUGGUGGACUUCGCAUCAAUCCCAACUUAUACGAGUCAGGAAAGGUCUGUCUUAGUAUCCUCAAUACUUGGACGGGUUCAGGCACAGAAGUUUGGAAUCCAGGAUCCUCCACAAUUCCUCAAGUUCUCCUCUCCCUUCAGGCCCUUGUACUCAAUGAAAAGCCUUACUUUAACGAGGCUGGAUAUGAUGCACAGAUUGGCAAAGCUGAGGGUGAGAAGAACUCAGUUAGUUACAAUGAAAAUGCUUUUCUUGACAGCUGCAGAUCCAUGAUGUAUCUUCUACGAAAACCGCCAAAGCACUUUGAGGAACUUGUGAAGGAGCACUUCAAGGGACGAUGCAAGAACAUUCUAUUGGCUUGUAAAGCAUAUAUGGAAGGAGCUCCAAUAGGUUAUCCAUUCGGAGGCAGUAAGCCCGAACAUGAAAAUCAGAAAGGAAGCUCUACUGGAUUCAAGAUCAUGCUCGGAAAGCUCUUCCCUAAGCUGGUGGAAGCAUUUUCCGAUAAUGGUGUUGAUUGUAGACAAAUGUUGGACCAGGUUCAGUAG